AUGGGAGGCACCGUAGCAACAGGUGCAGGGGAGGUAGGGGCGGUGGGGGUGGCAGAGGUGGAGGAGGUGGUGGGGGCGGUGGAGGCGGUGGAGGGGGCGGCGGUGGCGGAGAGAGUGGGGGUGGGGGUAGAGGCGCAGGUGGAGGCGGUGGUGGCGUUGGUGGGGGUGGUGGCGGCGGCAGUGGUGGAGGCACUAGGAGUGGAGUCGGCGGCAGUGGUGGCGGCCGAGGUGGUACCAGCCAGAGGGGAGGCCUUAGCGAUGGUCAGAGGCAGCAGCAGCAGCGUCUUUCGCCUCAGGAGCUACGUGAGUGAUUUGCUCAACGUGGGGCAGCUGGGGGUAGUGGUCCUUGCCCGUAUAGAGGCUGCUGCUCUAGAUGCUAGUGAGUCCGCUGCUCUAGGUGCUGGUGAGUCUGCUCUCUCACGUACCGCGUCUGCUGCGGCCUUGCAUACCUUCACGCUUGACUCAGGUGCUUCUCGCUGUUUCUUUCACGACAGUACCACAGUCACACCGCUCUCAGCACCUGUUGCUGUCUCUCUGGCUGACCCCUCUGGGGGCCCAGUCCUUGCGCGUUCCUCCAUUGUACUGCCGUAUCCGGCGAUUCCGUCUGGCUCACUAUCAGGUCUCCACCUCCCUUCGUUCUCUACGAACUUUGUGAGCAACGCCGUCCUUCAGGAUGCCUGGUGCUGA